GACCAACUAGGCACCUGCCCUCAUACCUACCACAUACCUCUAAUGCCAUCAUCCUCAGGUAUCUGUUAUAUCAGCUGGUUGGUUGCUGUUACUGACUGUUGAUUGGUUGAAACUCUCCUCUUAUCAAAACAAAGAGACUGAAGGCUAACAGCUGAGGGUGACAGCAGAAACUGAGAAUCAGGCAUAAGGGCACAGUUGUGCAGUGCCAAUCUAGGUCCAUACAGAAUGGGUUUGCUGAAAUGGGAGUGGAGGAACCCAUCUGGCUUACAAGGAGCCCAGAACUCACCUAACAGCCGAGGGAUGAACUGGAGCCCUAACUGAGCCAUGCCUGAUCGCCAACAUUAGUGUCCAACCUCACUAAUGCUCUUCAAUGUAGGCUAUUCCUAUCAACAAUGUUCCAUAAUCUAGUGGAAACCAUCAAAGAAGAGUUGAUAUAAAACUUCAUAUCAUAUUCCAUCAGACCCACUGUGAAUACAUUGAUUUACAUUUACAUUACUUAGUGUCUACUCUUGGAGUAUGACGAGUUGUAUUCUCCAACAGAGCCCUUCUAUAUUUCCUUUCAUAAAAAUAGGAUUCUGACCUUGCAUUGCUGAUUAUCUCUCUUGUUUACACGGAAAAUACAGGCGCAAAAGGGUGAAGCUUGAGCAGGUGGAACCCAGGAUUUCUUCUCACACAGCUGAUAUGGAAAUUCUAUAUAAAGAGGCCAUUGUGACCAGUUUCUUGGCACGGAGUAUUAGGCUUCUGGUUUUGUCUACUAGCAGACACUGCAAGGCACAAUGAGGUUCUUGGUGUUGGUAGCCAUGACGGCCUGUUUCCUACAGGCGGGUUUCGCAUUUAAAAUCGCCUCCUUCAAUAUACAGAGAUUUAGCAUGACGAAAGUGGAUGAUCCAGUUGUGUUAGAACUCUUGAUCCGGAUCCUGAGCAGAUACGAAAUUAUUGCCAUUGAGGAGGUGAUGAAUGCAGAUAACACCGCGAUUAUCAGUCUUGUCAAGGAACUCAGCUUAGCUACCAAACUGAACUACAAUGUGCUGAUUUCAGAUCAUCUGGGCCGCAGUUCUUACCGUGAGAAGUACGCCUAUGUGUACAGGGAAGAUAUUGUAAAGCCUACCGAGUGGUAUCACUUUGAUGAUGGCUGUGAGAACUGCGGUACAGACAGCUUCAUACGGGAACCCUUUGUGGCUCGCUUCACUUCACUCACUACCGUGGUGAAGGACUUUGCCCUGAUCUCCAUUCACACAAGUCCAGAUUAUGCUAUCAUGGAGGUGGACGCCCUAUAUGAUGCGUGGGUAGAUGCCAAGCAACGGCUGAAGAUGGAGAAUAUCCUGAUUUUAGGAGACUACAAUGCUGCCUGCAGUUAUGUUGCCAGCAGACACUGGCCAAUAAUCCGUCUUCGUCAUGUUGAAGAAUUAGUCUGGCUUAUUGGGGAUAAAGAGGACACCACUGUGAGCACAAACACCAACUGCGCAUAUGACAGGAUGGUUGCCGGUGGGGAAGAGUUGCAGAGAGGCAUUGUCCCAGACACGGCCAAAGCCUUCAACUACCAUGUGGCAUAUGACCUGACUUAUGAGAUGGCCAAAGCAGUGUCUGACCACUACCCUGUCGAAGUGGAGUUGUACGAUGAUGUGUUAUACAGUGGCCAGUCUUUUGAGCCCAGCGCCAGCACUGGGAUAAGUGGUGGCCUCUCUCUCAAUGGCCCCUGUACCUGUGAAGGGGUGGAUUUUUCAUCCUGUCGUGGGCGCUGCGGGGCCUCUGGAAAAACCUACCCCUGUAAUUGCAACGCUUCUUGCACCAACUGCUGUGUUGACUAUACUAGUUCUUGUAAACUCUAAAACUUCACAGCCAGAGGGGCCCACCAAGGCUGCCUAAGCUAUCACGAACAAACUCAAUAAACUGCACGUUGCUUACA